GAUAUCUUGGGAGAAUGGUUUGGGAUCCUCUCCGGAUGUAAGUAUCGAUCCCAUUUGUAUGAGACGGUUCACGGCAGGGGAUGCAGUGAUGGAUGGCUGAGAUACCGAAACUUUUCGGUUUUCUUUAAAAUUAUAGGUGGAUGAAUCCUUACGCAGCGUUCUCUGUUCGUCUGCAUCGCUGUCGCCGUUAUCCAUUUCGACGCGGAAAUCCAGUUAAAAAUCGGAUUUUUCGUGAUCGUUUUCCGCAUCCUCUCAAUUUCUUCUCCUUCAGAUAUCGAUCCAGGUAAAGGAAGAUCCACCGGGUGCGAAGAAUCGAAUUAGUGAAGAACCCAAUCGCGGCGGAGCAAUGGCGGCGGAGCUCUACGAACUCAGCAAUGGCACCAUCACCGUCAAAAUAACCAAUUUCGGAGCCACCAUCACGUCCCUCCUCGUUCCCGAUGCCAACGGUAAUCUUGCUGAUGUGGUACUUGGUUUCGAUACCGUGGAACCGUAUCAAAAAGGUGCGGGACGAUACUUUGGAUGUAUAGUUGGACGGGUCGCCAAUAGGAUCAGAGAAGGAAAAUUUACACUUAAUGGGUUGGAUUAUUCAUUGCACAUCAACAAUCCACCAAACAGCCUUCACGGUGGGAAGAUAGGAUUUGACAAGGUACUUUGGGAGGUUGCGGAAUAUAACAAUGACGAGUUCCCAUCAAUAACCUUCAAGUACCAUAGCAAGGAUGGAGAGGAAGGUUACCCCGGGGAUCUAUCUGUCAUCGCAAAGUAUUCACUCCCUUCCGGCACAUCAUUGAAGCUCGAAAUGGAAGCUGUGCCAACGAACAAAGCCACUCCGGUCAGUUUGGCUCAACACACUUACUGGAAUCUAGCUGGGCAUAACUCCGGACAUAUUCUCGAUCACUCGAUUCAGAUAUGGGCAUCUCAUGUGACUCCUGUCGACGAAAAUUUAAUCCCGACAGGCGAAAUCAUGCCAGUCACUGGUACCCCAUUUGAUUUUACUUCAGAAAGAAAGAUAGACAGCAGAAUCCAUGAAGUUCCAGUUGGGUACGAUCACAACUAUGUGCUUGACUGUGGAGAAAAGAGAUGUGGCUUAAAGCAUGCAGCUAAAGUAAAAGAUCCUUCCAGCUCAAGGGUUCUCAACUUGUGGACUGAUGCGCCUGGUCUGCAGUUCUACACUGGCAACUUCGUAACCGGUGUUGUGGGUAAAGGUGGCGCAGUAUAUGAGAAGCAUGCAGGCCUAUGCUUGGAGACACAGGGAUUUCCAAAUGCCAUUAACCAACCAAACUUUCCAUCUAUUGUCGUUCAACCUGGAGAGAAGUACAAGCACACCAUGUUGUUUGAAUUCUCCACUGUUUGAUUUCGUGAAUCUACUGUUUUAGUCAACCCUUUCUGAGGGGUCGAAGGCAGGCCAUCUUAGCUCAGUCGUAUCAUGCGCAAAUAACUUUAA